AUGUUUUUGUUGAACGAUUUGGGUGAUGUUAAAUGCUGCGUUGGUCUACGUAUUACUAGAAACCGUGAACAAGGUGAGAUUUACAUAGAUAAAUCUGUGUAUAUAGAGGAUAUUUUAAAACGAUUUAAAAUGAUUGAUUCUAAACCAAUAUCAACACCUUUUGAUAUAAAUACAAAAUUGACAACUCCAACACACAAAUCACCAGAUUUUGAUAAUAUUCCCUAUCAAGAAGCUAUUGGCAGUUUACUUUAUCUGGUGCAAGGAACUAGGCCAGAUAUCGCUUUUGCGGUAAACCAUUUAAGUAAAUUUAACAACAAUUUUGAUAAUUCCCAUUGGACCGCCGUAAAACGCAUUUUUAGAUAUAUCAAAGGUACAAUGAAUGUUAAACUAUGUUUUUCGAAAAUUGAAAACCCAAACAUAUUUGGAUUUUGUGAUGCGGAUUAUGCUGGCGAUGUGACAGAUAGACGUUCAUGUACUGGAUAUGUGUUUAUGCAGCAGGGUGCAAUUAGCUGGUGUAGCAAGCGACAGGCAACUAUUGCUCUUUCGACAACAGAAGCUGAAUACAUGGCAAUGUCUGCAGCGGUGCAAGAAGCAGAAUGGCUGCGGCAACUGCAAAACGAUUUAUGGAACUCCGAAAAAAUAUAA